UUUGACAGGAAGUGAAACAUUCAUCCCUGAGAACGACCACCACAAGGCGUGGACUAAACAAGUCGAGUUUGUAGCAGUUUCAUCGCUUUUCACCAACAGCCUCAUCAGCAUCAGCAAGAUGGACAGUUUUUAGCGUGUCUGAUGUAGAGGACAGGAGGGCAUGCGGCUGUCCGGCUAACCCCGCUAGCAGACAGUCUUCAUGAAUCAAGCCCUGCUAUUAAACAUCACUGCAACACAACAACAGAGAGAGACACACGCAGACUGAAUCAUGAACGAUGAUGUGAUGCUAAACGUACCGGUCAUCCGGCAGCUGUUCCACUGGGAUUGUGGCUUGGCCUGUUCCAGAAUGGUACUGGAGUAUUUACAUCCAGUAAGUGAGGAGGAAUUUCAGAGAGCGUGUUUGGACUUGGAGUUCACAGAGAGCGUGUGGACUAUAGACCUGGCUUAUCUCAUGUGUAAGCUGGGGGUCAGACACUGCUUCUGCACACAGACUCUCGGUGUGGACAAGGGCUUCAGGAACCAGUCUUUCUACAAAAAGCAUUUUGAAACCGAGGAGGACAGGGUGAAUGAACUCUUUAUGAAGGCUGAGAGCAAAGGGGUCCUGGUGAAGAAAUGCUCUGUUGCAGUUCAGGAGAUCCAGAGCCACCUGGAACAGGGUCAUGUGGCCAUCGUGCUGGUCAACGCAGUGGUGUUGGUGUGUGAGCUGUGCUCCACGCCUGUCAAAUACUGCUGUUUCCUCCCUGUGGGUCAGAAGUGCUUCUGCAGGAAGCCAGAUUACCAGGGCCACUUCGUGGUGGUGUGUGGAUUUAACCGCAAUACCGGCAGCGUCUUCUACAACAAUCCCGCCUACUCAGACCGUGUGUGCUGCACUAGCUUUAGCAAUUUUGAGGAGGCCAGAAGGAGCUACGGAACGGACGAGGACAUUCUGUUAAUCUACAAAGAUGAUUGAGUCUUGACCGCUUUUGAACGAACACACAUUUAACACACUUUUAGCAUCCACUGUGGUUGGCUGAGUAGCAUUUUUGCCAACAGGUAGCACGUACCAGUUCUGCUGGCCAAUAGCGGGUAGUAUGUGUCACCUCUGGCUAUGGUCCUCAUAAGUGCUGUAGUGUCGCACAAAACAUUACUAUGGUGCUACAUCGGCCACAGAAUGAAAUAUUCUCACAGAAAGGAAAGGGAGAUGCUAUGUAUAUGUAACUCAUCAUUAUUGUGAUGUGGACUUAUAUUUUUAUCUAGCACAUUUGAUUUAUAUAGUCUCUGCCACUGUAAGAGGUAGAGGAGGAGUGUACAUAAUGUUUUUCAUUAAUGUAAUGAUGGAGAUUUUGUGAUUGUUCAGGGUAACCUUGCAAAAUCAUGGGGUUGCGAUUAUUAUAAUUUGUUUCAUUUUUCCCUCUUGAAAGCCACUUAAUUGAGCAUACAGUAAAAGAUUUUAAUUUUUGUGAAAGAGGGAAGCUGUUUUUAAAAACUCAGGUUAGAUAUGAAAAAUCCAGUAUGCUAAAUUAUGUCCCACUGUCGGGAAAGAAAUGUUUCAGGGGUGCAAUACGUGUGGAUUCAUUUACUCCGGGGGGUUUCCUCAAGAACAAAAUCACCUGGACGUCUGUCAUAUCCUCAUGUAGAGUAGCAAGAGAGAGUUUGGCUGCUUUGUGGGCGAUAAGCUGUGAACCAUACAGUACAUUUCAAACUCACUCAGCAUUAGUACAGUAUUAGACCCAUUUCUGUGUUAAAGACAAUAUUUUGUUGGUAAAUUCUCAUUAUUAUAAUGUGUCAGUGUCAUCAGAGAGAGAACAGGAACACUACGUUUGGAGUUUUACGUCAGUUGUUUUGUGGAAUAGAGUCGGGCACCGUUUGAAAUGGUCUGAACACAGUGUUGUGAAUGCUUUGCUGUUUGCUUGUAAACACACUACGCCUGCUCAGUGGUUCAGAUGGUUCAAUCUCGACAAAAUGGGAGAUGAAUGAAAUGCUUGCACUAUGGUGUUCCACCAGCCAUAAUUCUGUUAUUUAAUCUUUGAUCAUUCAUGUUAAAAUGUUAUUUUUGUGAUUUUUUUUUUUUUUUUUUUAAGACUGCAUCAGGUGUCCGAUUACAUCAGUUUGUGCUUAUUUUUAAAAGAACAUAAGGAAUGUUGAUAUGGCAAACUUUAUUUUUAUGAAAUAUAUAGUUGCAUUUAGGAAAUGAAUAAAAGUUGGAUUUGUAUUUUAAUCAAA